AUGAAGUCAACCACUCUCCUAGCCGCUGUUCUUUCGGCUUUUUCAACCACCCAUGCCACCCUCCUCUGGGACGGCCGCUUCAAUGACUUCACCUCUGCCUCGGACCUCAACAAGUGGUCCUGGUCCAAUCAAGUCGGUCCUUACCAAUACUACAUCCACGGCUCCUCCCCCGUCGACAAGUACAUAUCCCUCUCCGAAGCCUACAAAAACCCCAACGACACGCGCUCCCGCCAGGGCGCCCGGUUCACGCUCGACAACACGGCGUACUGGAACGGGCAGAACAUGCGCCGUAUCGAACUAAUCCCGCAGACCAAGGAAGCGAUUAACAGGGGAAAAGUGUACUAUCAUUUCAGCAUCAUGAGGAGCGACAAGAAUGCGCCCAGUGUGUAUAGGGAACAUCAAAUUUGUUUCUUUGAAAGUCAUUUUACCGAGUUGAAGAGUGGAUGGAUUUCCGGGGAGUCAGGGACAAGUAAUCCCAACUUGCAAUGGAUGACGAAUCAGAGGAGUGGGUGGAAGACGGAGUGGAAGGCGGGGGUUUGGCAUAAUGUUGCUUAUGAGAUUGACUUCAGCGCCAACAAGGUCGGUUUCUGGCACUCCGAGGGCGGCGAGCCUCUGAAGCAAGUCGUCGCCCCUGUUUCAGUCUCAACUUCGUCUAACGGUGCGGAUUGGCACUUGGGCGUCCUGGAGCUUCCUAGGAACGGGUAUGGCGAUACAACGGAGGACUUCUACUUUUCUGGCAUCUACAUUGAGACGGGUCCGAUCACUACUGCUAUUGGUGGCCCUUGA